GAAAAUAGAAGGGUAAAAAAAAAAUUAGGGAAGAGCUUGGAGAAAGAAAAGAGAAGAAAAAGAGGAAAAUAUUGGGGGAGGAGGAAGCCAAGCCAGCAAUAGCAAAUAGGCAAACGAGGAAGAGUCACACGGAGAGAAGAAGGAGAAGAAGAAGAAGAAGAGGAUAAUCCUCGCGAUUGAGAGAUGGUAAGUUAUUAAGUCACUCUCACUCACAAAUGGCGUAAAGCGUUGAAUGCCACAAAAAAAAACACACAGAGCUCCUUUCCAAAGUGCGCUUUCUCCGACUCUGUUACACGUGGUGCUCUGCAUCUCUCAUCUUUCUCCUCUGUUUUUCCUUCUUUUCGGUUUCCGUUUCUUCUCACUAUCCAAACAAACAAACCCUUCUCUUCGCUUCGCUUCCCUUUCUCUUCUCUUUGCUCUUCACACCGCCGCCGACAACAACAGCCACCGUCUCUGGAUUGAGUUGGGCGUGGAGUAGUAGCGAUGGCGAGCGCGAAAGAGAAGGAGAAACAGCUGCUGGAGCUUUUACAUGCAGCAAAGAAAGCAGCCGACGCCGCCGCCGGCGGCGGCGGUGCUGACGAAUCCAGGUGCGUCGACGCUUUGUCUCGCCUCAAGGACUUCCCCGUCACCGUUCAAGCCCUCGUCUCCACCCAGGUAGGGAAGCAGCUUCGACCUCUUACGAAACACGCCAGCAAGAACAUCCAGCAACUCGCCUCCGACAUCUUCCAAACAUGGAAAGCCAUGUUCCUCGAGCAAACCAACACCUCCAAUGCCGCUGCUGCAGAUCACAAGAAAGUCACCAAGCCUGCCGACUCGGACAAGCUUCACAUUGCGACCCCGCCUAUGAAGCCACACACGCCAGACAGAAAGACUCCCAGUAACAAUCCCGCUGCUUCGACAAAGCCAACCCCUUCACCUAAACCCAAAACCACCACUGCUGCUGCUGCUGCUUCAACGAAGCCGAACCACUUCCCUAAACCCAAGACCGCCACCCCCACCUCCUCUCCCGCCAUCCAUCUCCCCGUUCCCAAAUGCAACGAUCCCACGAGGAACAAGAUCAGGGAGCAACUCUGCGAGGCUCUAUGCAGGGUUUCCGGUGAAGUAUCCCCUGAGCUCUCCAGCCGGGUGAACGCCUGUGACCCGGUCUCCGUCGCUGUAUCACUGGAGUCGGUUAUGUUUGCCUCGUGGGGGGGUUCCACCGGAGACCAGAGGGUGAAGUACAGGUCGCUCAUGUUCAACAUCAAGGACGCAAAGAACCCCGAUUUCAGGAGGAAGGUGCUGCUGGGACAGUGGACGCCAGAGCAAGUGGUGAGCUUGAGUUCCGCGGAGAUGGCAAGCGACGCCAGGCAGAAGGAGAACGAGAAGAUCGAGGCGAAGGCUUUGUUCGAUUGCGAGCUAGGGAGCGCACCUAUGGCCACGACGGAUCAGUUCAAGUGCGGCAAGUGCGGGCAGAGGAAGUGCAAGUACCACCAGAUGCAGACCAGGAGUGCUGAUGAGCCCAUGACUACUUACGUCACCUGUGUCAACUGCGACAACCGUUGGAAGUUCUGUUAAAUUAGCUUGUAGCUGGUUAGUGUCAAUCUUUCUUCAGUUGAAUUAUUGACUUGGGGAGUAGGUUAGGGUAAGGAGUUUGAUUUGUUGCUUGGUAGGCUUAGCUGAACUUUCUGUUGACAAUCUUGAUUUUGAUCCCCCUUUGGGGAAAAUGUUCGUUUUCAUUUGUAUGCUUUAUCUCUAAUGUAUGUCCCAAGAUUCUUGAAUCAGAAUUUUGCUGCUGUUUUUUUCCUCGUCACAUUAACAUUACAUAUCAGAAGACAAAUAAAGUUGCAACAACUUGUUUCUGCUAGUAGAAGAUGGAUAUACUAAACAUGAACUCUAUUUACAACAAUGUCACUACAUCAUCCAAAGACGAGAAACAUCCAACGAUCCGAAUC